AUGCAUAAGAUCUCCAAUUUCACAGGCCAGGCACGCCAUGGAUGGGAGCGGAUGACCCCUGCCUUUGGCAUGUCCCGUCCUCAGCAUGACCUCGCCGGUUCCCAUCCCUUCCGAAGGCCCGUUCCGCCUGCCAUACCCUCUCCCCCGAAAAAUGAUGCCAUCAUAAACCUCUCCUUCAACGUCCCGUUCUCCUCGAAUCUCUCUGGUCCGGACCCGGACGACGUCCUGCACUCGACACCCGGUGCUCUUCAGCGGUGGACCUACCCGGCCGGAACCCCGGAGGGCACCCCAACCCAUAAACUUCCGGUUCACGCAAACCACAUCGAUUCCCUGAGAAAACUGUGUCGACAGAUCAGCGAGAACAGUUCAGGUCGCAUUGAGGCCACUGUCACAUCAUCAGAACCCAAGGCCCUCGCCUCGCUCCAGCUAAGGCCACAGGGCCUUGUCACCAAUGUCUGCAUCUCUGGUGAGACUGAUCUCGUCUACCAAAUGAGGGCUAAAAUUUUUAAAGAGACGCCCUUUGCUCUGCGGUGCGCCACAGUUGAUAUUGAUGUGAACCUUGUCAUGGAUUCAAAUUCCAACGCGAUCAAGCAGAAUGUUUUGAAUCACCUUAACACGCUAGCAAGCUACACUGGUGUGGACAUAUUCUUGCUUAGUCCAAAGAUCGUCGACGCUGACAGCGCUAUUGUAUCUUCAUAUGGAUAUUCGACCGAGAAUGGGAUUGAUAACCGCUUUAGGAUCGCGAUAUAUGGUGAUGUUGAGAGUGUGGAGCAUGCGAAGACUAGGGUUUUGAUCAUGAUUGAUCAAAUUCUUAAACGACAAGUUGAUGUUAUGAAGCUUGAGCUGACGAUGCAUACCCUGGUCUGCGGCCGCACACGCCGAAACAUCAAACUUAUUGAAGCUGCUACAGACACUGCUAUCUACUUCCCACCCUCAUUCCCGAACGUUUAUGGAUACACGCCGCCUGGUGCUUAUAGACGUGCUGAUGAUGAACUCUACAUCACAGGCACUAGCCAAGAACAAAUCGGCAAGGCAAAACAAAAGUUACAUGAGUUGGUUCGGGGCGUCAAGGUCUAUGUCAAGGAUGUGUCUGUCACUCCAACUAAAAUUGAUAGUAUUUUGCUUGAUCGCCUGGACAAGGUUCGCAAGGUCAUGGAGGCAAAUGGAUGCUAUGUCCUCUUCCCUCAGCUUGGCAGUCAACACAACACUAUCCGCGUCCAGGGAACAGAAAUCCUGCAGGUAGAACGCACCAUUCGAGAGCUGAUGGCUCUGGCCGGCCAGUUCUACGGCGCAACGUGGUGGAUUAUCCUUCCAGAUAAUGCGCCUCAGAUGCGAGUUCCGUCGCCGUCGGAUAUCCGAACCAUGUUAUCCGAUAUUUGUGCCAAUUCAGGUGCCGACGUCAGCUUUGAUAAGUUGACUUUCACCAUCCACGGUUCCGAUGAUGCCGUCAAGGCAGCUAUGAUGGUUAUCCACCAUAUUCCAUUUGUCAAACGUUCCCCACACCAGAUGCGAGUGAAAAUCGAGCUUGCCAACGAACAUAAAGAGUUUGUCAGCGGCAAGAAGAACGGGAAAAUUAACAAGAUUAUGGGCCAAAGCAACGUUCAAAUUAUCUUUGAUGGAUUUAACGAAUACAACUUCUAUAUCGAUGUGUGUGCCAGCCAGUAUGAGGCAGCACGCAACGGACUUGACUUGGUCGAACAAGAAAUGCCAGCAUCGAUAUCCUUCCACGUGCCCGAUCAGUAUCACAAACGUAUUAUCGGUAUUGGUGGCCAGCACAUCCAGCGCAUCAUGAAAAAAUACUCCGUGUUUGUCAAGUUUUCCAAUGCCAUGGAUCGAGGUGGUGUCAACAAAGAUGACGAUGACAUCAGAGUCGAAAACGUGAUCUGUCGCACACCCGCUCGUAAUGCUCAGAACUUGGAGCUUGUGAAGCAGGAAAUUAUGGAUAUGGUAGAGAAAGUUGAUGCAGAAUUCGUCUCCGAAACUGUCCUUGUGAAUCGUCUCUAUCACCGGGAACUCAUCGCUCGAAUGAAGGAGAUCGAUGAGCUGGAGAAGAAAUGGAACUGCAAGAUCGACUUUCCUAGCACUGAAACGGCGAGUGACUUUGUCACCAUCUCAGGCCCAGAAUACCAAGUCCCACAGGCCGUUGAUGCCUUUUUGGGAAUGGUACCGGAAACGCACGAGAUCUCGUUCCAGGGUUCCGAAGAGCUUCGGGAAUUCUUUAAGACUACAGAGUUUGCGACUGAAGUUCGAAAGAAGCUUAAAGAGCAGUAUGAAGUUGACGUUACUGUUGAAGCGACUGGAGAGCAGCCUUCUUCCGAAGCCAACUCACCACCUCCCGAAGACAGGCUUGUUCUUGGUUAUACACGGAACAACGCUGGUGGAUUGAAGGACGCUAUUGAUUUUCUUGUCUCGAGGCUUGUCUCGCAUGGGCUUGAUGCGACCACCGUCAAGGGAUCUAUUCCUCGACCAAAGUCAGACUCGUUUGAAGAGUCCUUGCCGUUCUUCGACUCCAAGCUUUUACAGCACGCCCCCGCUCCUCUCGUAACCGAUUCUCCCACACGCCCUAAUUUCUCGGAUGACGCCAGUGACCGAGGUUCGAUAUUUGAGCGUCUUCGCAAGCCCGGCAGCAUCUCUUCGUUUUCAUCGUUUAUCGGUCGCAAAAACCACUCUGGCUCCCCCGGCUCUUUCUUUAAGCACGCAUCCAGCAAUGCCUCAAAGGCAUCGCUUGUUUCCAUGGAAUCCCGUGAUAGCGGAUAUCGCAACCCGUGGAAUGACUCUGGCGUGAAUCUUCCGGAAGAAGAUGUUUUCAACGCCAGCAGUGCGUGGCCAUCUCGAUUUGAUAGUGCAUUUCCCUUCGGUACCGCCCCUGGAGACAUGACUCCGCGGCACGAUCUCCGCGCAUCUUUUGAUAGCGGCCGUCCUAGUACUUCCAAUUCUACUUCUGGAUACCCGGCUCCUAUUGGGCCACCUCGUUAAAGCACGGAUCUUAUUAUCGGAAAAUCAGUUGUCAGCAAUAUACCCCUUUGACCAAGUUUGCAAUCGUUUAUAUGAUACCACAUUGAAAGUCAGUCAGAAAAGCAAAGUCUACAGCUAAGAAGGUCAGCCGGAUGGGAGGGAUGAGGUAAAGAUAUCAUGUCGGUUUUGCUAAAAGGAGUAGUCGGCGGCGUUUAUCCCUCGUUUGUUGUUUGAUUCCCAACUUUUAUUUUACUUUAUCUCUCUAGGCCAUUCAUUUAACUGUCGUAUCUUACAUGCAGCAAUUAUCUCCCUCUGAGCUAUUUCAUACGUGGUUUGUGUGCUUUUGCCUUAACGGUCGAUGCUCUUAUGGUUUUUACGGGAGGUCUAAACUCAUAUCUCUUUUGAAAGUUAUUUUGAACCCCGCAAAUGAUACCAUGCUCUUCUCCCUCUUUUUGUUUUGCUCCAAUCAAUGAUUUUCUUGUUUUUCUUUUUUAAAUUGUUCUUACUUCUAUAUUAUUUCUCCUCUCUUGCUACUCCAUUCCCUUUUACUGUUUUUGCCUCUAGGAAGCAGGCAAAUAAGGGUGAAGCGGGGGACGAAUGAUCUACGUGGCGUGAAAGUGGGAUGGGGAUGAUGGGAUGAAUGGGUGGAUUGUUGUUGAGUGGCCUUUUCUCUUUUAUCUUUUCGGCUGAAAAAUAUGUUUUUCCUCCUCUAUCUUAAAUUUGUUUUUAUGUUUCCUUAAAUUUGAAGACUAUUAAAC